AUGUUCAAAGCUGGGAGCAGCACGGCCUCUACUCAGCAUCAGGCCAAGCGCGCUCGUGUGAUUACUGGCAAAAGGAGAAAGGCUGAUAUGCUAGAGAAAAUGUCUCGUGACUUGUUGGCCCCCCAUACAAUUCAGUAUGUUUGUGUAGCGUUUACAGAUUCUGCAAGAUGUUUGGCCAAGCACCCUCUCGCAACCUUGUACAGCGGUCUUCUCAGUGCCUUGUGCCCUGCGCUCAGCGCCCUCUCCAACCUCCCCCUGCUAGACAGGCGAGUUCAGAAUGUCCACACAGGCCUCGACCUGACCGUGCCCCAGCACCAGGAGGUGCGGGGCAAGAUGAUGUCAGGCCACGUGGAGUACCAGAUCCUGGUGGUAACCCGGCUGGCUGCGUUCAAGUCGGCUAAGCACAGGCCCGAGGAUGUCGUCCAGUUCUUGGUCUCCAAAAAGUACAGCGAGAUCGAGGAGUUCUACCAGAAACUGAGCAGUCAUUACCCCGCGGCCAGCCUUCCCCCACUCCCCAGGAAGGUCCUGUUCGUUGGGGAGUCUGACAUCCGGGAAAGGAGAGUCCUGUUCAAUGAGAUUCUGCGCUGUGUCUCAAAGGACGCCGAGUUGGCAGGAAGCCCAGAGCUGCUAGAAUUCUUAGGCACCAGAUCCCCGGGGGCUGCGGACCUCACCAGCAGAGAUGUCUCUGUCCUAGAGGCACACAACCAGGCCCGGGACGACGGGGAGGCUUUUGACUUCUUCAAGCAGCAGGACCAAACGGAGGAUGAGGGUCUACCCAUCCCAGGCCUGCAGGGUCAGGAUGCAGGGAAAUCCUCUGAGGAGGAAGAGGAAGAGGCACUGGACCCUCUGGGCAUCAUGCGCUCCAAGAAGCCCAAGAAACGCCCAGAAGUAGCCAUGAAGCCCAAACCCUCACCCCGACUCACCAUCUUUGAUGAGGAGGUGGACCCUGAGGAGGGGCUCUUUGGCCCAGCUCCGAAGCUCUCCUCCCCCAAGGGCCCCGCAGAGGACAUGCCCCUCAAGGACCCCCUGAAGUUGUUUGAAGAUCCUGAUCUCGGCGGCGCUGUCCCCCUGGGUGACCCCUUACUGCUGCCUGCCGCCCAUAUGAGUGGAGGGCCCACGCCCCACCCGGAGCUGUUCAGAGUUGAAGAAGAUUUGGACCAGAUUCUGAACCUGGGGGCCGAGCCCAAGCCCAAGCCCCAGCCUAAGCCCAGACCACCAGUGGCAGCUAAGCCAGCGCUACCCAGAAAGCCAGCUGUGCCCCCCAAAGCGGGCCUGCCUGAGGCUGUGGCGGAGCAGCGGAAGCAGCAGCAGCAGAUUCAAGCCAUGGACGAGAUGGACAUCUUGCAGUAUAUCCGGGACCAUGAUGCACCUGGCCAGGCCACCCCCAGCCUCUUCUGA